AAGGAAGUUGGGCUAGAAACAAGAUAGCUUAUGGGGUAUCUACAGAGACAGUCUGGACUCUCAGCUUGGCCAUAGCAGCAUGUGUCAUGCUGAUAAGUGCGCAAAUCUAAGCAUCAUCGGAUAGUAGAAUCUUCUAUCUGGAAGAGCCUGCAAAAGCCAGCGAGACCAGCCCUCUGCUGUGCGUAAAACUACAUGUUACGACUAGAACAUGACUAAAGCCCUCCUGAGAGAAGGCCACCCAACCUUUGUUUAAAGAUCUCCAAGGACAGAAGUCCACAACCCAAAAGGCAACAAGAUCAGUUGGUUUCAUUUCUCCAAAUCCACAUCCUUUUGGAGAAUCGAAACUUACUGGUAAGCACUGAUUGGAAGCAAUGGAAACAUGGACUCUGCUCAUAAUUUCUGUUUAUAGCCCCACCUUCCCAGUAGAUCUCCACAAGGAAAUCGCACACACACAUCGACACGCUUGCAGAACCUCUCUUCCAAGGAAGCUGUUUCACAACAUCGCAACCAAGAUGGCAAAACUGAUCAUCGGUGCAGCCGUCGGGUUGGGCGGUGCCACCAUUGGAGUCCCAUUGGCCCUGGGCGCCCUGGGCUUCACUGCCGCGGGGAUCGCGGUGGGAUCGGUGGCUGCCGGAAUGAUGUCCACCACGGCCGUUGCCAGCGGCGGAGGAGUGGCUGCCGGCAGCCUUGUGGCCAUUGGGCAGUCCGUUGGUGUCCUCGGACUGUCCGCAGCAGCCAAGGCGGCCGCCACCACGGGCGGAGCCCUGCUGGCUGCCAUAUUGUUUUGACAAAAAGAUGCUAGCCCUGUCCGUCAAGAGAAAGAUGCUUCGCCAUGAGACGGGACAACCAGCUUGAUCUUCCUCUUUGAUAUUCGCAACUGCACUUGACUCACUUGGGUCUCUCUUUCCCGCUUUUUCCUCCCGCUCUGCAUUAAAGAAUACCAAACUAAUAAAGCUUUGGCAAGAUUAACCAA